AUGUACUCCAAAAAUUCUCUCGAGAUGGUCGAGAAGGUAGACACUCCAUCCCAAGGCCGUACGGCGGAUUUGGAUGAGGUUACGCGUCAAGCUGAGAGGAAGCUGCGCACCAAGAUCGACCUUUAUAUCGUGCCGAUUGUCGCCUUGCUCUAUCUCAUGUGCUUUAUCGAUCGGGCGAAUAUUGGUAACGCGCGUCUUGCUGGCUUUGGACAAGACCUAAACCUUCAUGGAUAUGACUACAACACCGUGUUGUCAAUCUUCUACAUCUCGUACAUUCUCUUUGAGAUCCCAACAACAAUUUGUUGCAAGCUGAUAGGCCCCGGUUGGUUUCUGCCAUUGACGACCCUCGGCUUCGGCGUCGUCUCAGUUGCAACUGCUUUUGUGCGUACCCGCGCUCAGGCAUGCGCAGUCCGAUUCCUCCUAGGCAUGUUUGAAGCGGGCAUAAUGCCCGGCAUUGCGUACUACCUCUCGCGCUGGUAUCGCCGAGCUGAACUUGCAUUCCGCCUUGGCUUAUACAUGACCAUGGCACCGUUGUCCGGUGCCUUUGGCGGCCUGCUAGCUUCUGGCAUUCUGAAAUUGUCACAUUUCGGAUCACUGCACAAAUGGGAAAUGAUCUUUGCCAUCGAAGGUACCAUCACCAUUAUUCUCUCACUCAUCGCCCUUGUAACCCUGACCGACCGACCCGACACCGCCCGCUGGCUCUCUGAAGAAGAGAAGGAGCUUGCUAUCAAUCGCGUCAAGUCGGAGCGCCUCGCCCAAGCCAUUCUGCUCGAUAAGAUCGAUGGCAUGAAGCUGAAGCGCGGCUUCACAAACCCCAUCACAAUCGCUACAGCGUGCAUAUACAUGCUCAACAACAUCACAGUACUCUCAAUCUCUUUCUUCCUCCCGACCAUCAUCAAAAGCAUCUACCCAGGUCGCACAGCCGUGCAACAGCAACUCCUGACUGUGCCCCCAUAUAUCGUUGGUGGCUUCUUUGUGCUCUUGAUAACGACACUAAGUUGGCGCUUCGAUCACCGGCAAUGGUUCCUUGCAAUUACCGGGCCCACAGCCAUGGCAGGAUUUUCGAUCCUGCUGGCUACGCUUGAUGCGAACGUACGGUACGGAGCCAUCUUUCUGACGGCGAGUACGGCAUUUACGCUGGGUGCGAUGUGUAAUGCGCAGGUCAGUGCAAACGUGCUGAGUGACUCAACGAGGAGCAUUGCAAUUGGGACGAACGUCAUGUUCGGCAAUAUUGGUGGCCUCAUUGCAACGUGGACAUAUCUCCCUAGGGAUGCGCCAAUGUACCGCAUUGGUAAUGGUGUGAACCUCGCGUGCGCCAUUCUUUGGACUAUCGUUGCUAUUCUGGUUCUCCUCUGGAUGAAGUAUGACAAUAAGAAGCGUGAGAAAUGUGAGGCUGGUGCGCACGAGCAGCUUGCGGGGUUGAGUCAGAAGGAAGUUCAUGAUUUGGAGUGGAAGCACCCCGAUUGGCGGUGGAGACCGUGA